UCCGACUUCUCGGUAGCUACAACAUCUCACCACACACACUCAUCGCCUCCCGUAUUUAAUCAAUUUGGGGAGAAAAGAUGGCGGCGUGGACGGCGGCCGCUCGCCAAGCUGCAAACAUUGCUAGACUCUCCUCUCCGAAAUCAGCAGCUACCUCCGCCCGAGCUUCGAUCCUGGUUCAGCGCCGCGGUCUCGCCGGCGGUGGCGAUCAUCACGGACCUCCGAAGGUGAAUGUUUGGGAUGACCCGAUGAGUCCGUCACAGUGGAAAGAAGAACAAUUUGUGAUUGUAUCUCUUACUGGCUGGGGAUUGCUCAUUUACGGAGGUUUCAAGCUCUUCUCAGGGGGCAAGAAAGACAAAAACGAAGAGAAAGUUGGAGGAGGGGCACACUAGUCUCGGGGUUAGACGUGCAUUCGGAAUAAAGAGUGGCUACUUAGAUAAUGACUUCAGAUUGUAGGUGCAAUUUUGGCCAGUGCUAGUUUUGUAAGGAUCAUCUGUGUUUCAGAUUGAUCGAUAUGGAAUUUACGUUAUCGGGAAAAAAAACUUUCAAUUCUUUACAGAAGCAAAAAAUCGAUUAUGAAUUUGUUCCGAUUUUGCAAAUUUUGGAAUUUUCGAAAA